AUGAUAAAAAGCAUUGGUAACAAACAUUAUGAUAACAAACAUUAUGAUAACAAACAUUAUGGCAACAAACAUUAUGAUAAACAUUAUGGUAACAAACAUUAUGAUAACAAACAUUAUGAUAACAAACAUUAUGGUAACAAACAUUAUGAUAACAAACAUUAUGAUAACAAACAUUAUGGCAACAAACAUUAUGAUAAACAUUAUGGUAACAAACAUUAUGAUAACAAACAUUAUGAUAACAAACAUUAUGGUAACAAACAUUAUGAUAACAAACAUUAUGAUAACAAACAUUAUGGCAACAAACAUUAUGAUAAACAUUAUGGUAACAAACAUUAUGAUAACAAACAUUAUGAUAACAAACAUUAUGGUAACAAACAUUAUGAUAACAAACAUUAUGAUAACAAACAUUAUGGCAACAAACAUUAUGAUAAACAUUAUGGUAACAAACAUUAUGAUAACAAACAUUAUGAUAAACAUUAUGGUAACAAACAUUAUGAUAACAAACAUUAUGAUAACAAACAUUAUGAUAACAAACAUUAUGAUAAACAUUAUGGUAACAAACAUUAUGAUAACAAACAUUAUGAUAAACAUUAUGGUAACAAACAUUAUGAUAACAAACAUUAUGAUAAACAUUAUGGUAACAAACAUUAUGAUAACAAACAUUAUGAUAAACAUUAUGGCAACAAACAUUAUGAUAACAAACAUUAUGAUAACAAACAUUAUGAUAACAAACAUGAUAAUAAACAUUAUGAUAAUAAGCAUUCAUAUCAAUUCAAUAAAAAGUAA